AACAUCGAUAUGGUUGCGAUCUCUCAUAACACUUUUUCAUGCAUUACUCCAUUGAUUUUUUACUUAUUGGAAGAAGUCGAUCGCUUAGAUGGAAUGUCACUUGCUGCGCCGACGCGGUGGUAUGAUGUUUUGGUGCCACUUUACCAUUUAAAGUCAACACAUGCUAAACCAACCUUAAAACUG